CAUGUUUUCUUCACAGCUUCCAAAAGCGGCGACUUGAAAAAGCCCAGAAGAAAAAGGAGGCAAGAGCAGUGGACAGACUGGAGCAGGAGUUGCUAAAAGACACUGUGGAGUUUGGAGAAGUUGUGCUGCAGCCCCCAGACCUGACGGUCCAGCCCAGAAGGGGCACAGGCAGAGAUGCACCUGGCAAGAAGUCGCUAAUGCUAAAGAUGCUUUUGGGUGCUGGUGGUGUGUCCCUGACUCCAUCCACCUCACUGGCCCGCCAGCGGAUCCUGGGGGAAGAGAGGGAACGGGCUGUGCAGGCCUACAGAGCCCUGAAGAAGCAGCAGCGACAGGAAGUGACACUUACACAGCCACCUGGCAGCUCUUCUCAGAGAAAGCCCCAGACUUGUCUAUGAUUCAGAGACCUUGGGGUCCAGUCCCCUGGAAACUGGCCUGGGAGCUGCUAGACCUGAAAAAGGGAACGAGGGCAGAUGCUUGUCCCUGGAUGGGGGCCUAAGCACAAGCUUUCAAUAUGGGGGUGGUGUGGUUUUCUUUCCCUUCCCCUUUUAAGAGUGACCACCAAUGAAUUCUAUCUCAUACAGAGCAAGUUCCCCUAAGACUUGCCUGAGACACAGAAGGGAUGGCUGGUGUUUUCCCUGAGCCUAGCUUUACUCUGAAACAAGUCUCAGGGAAGACAAGCCAGGACUACUGUAGAAAGAACUCAACCCCUUAAUCCAGCUGAUGCCUGAAGCUGCUGAUGUAGGUCAGCCUGUUGUCUUAAGAGGCUCCCAUGGGUUCAGUGCAGUGCAAAGCAUGUUAACAGGACAGUGGAAGAGCAAAUAUACCCGGGUCAGGUGUAUCAGUCAGGUGGCUUGCAUAUUUGCCUGCAGGGGUCUGUACAAGAGACCAGAGCCCCAGUCUGGUUUGAAUAGAGAUGAUGGGGUGUCAGUACUAGCUGAGUGCAUUAAGGCAAACACAUAAAAGCCAGGUUUCGGUGGUAGGAAGGGCAGAGUAAUUAUACUAAGAGGGUAGGAACAGGUCCAUGUCCUAUCAACAGGCCUCUGGGCGUAGGGCAGGCCUUUGGGAAGGACCAGGGAUGGAAUCUGGUUGAGGGUGUCUCCCAUAGUACCAAAAGAGGGGGAACCUGAUGCUAGUGAAAGGUAGAUCUUGAAACUCAUCCAACCUCCUGGAGUGUGGUACCACCCUAUAAUCCUGGCACCUAGGAGGUAAAGGCAGAAGAAUUAGGAGUUCUGUGCCAGUCUUGACUACAUGAGACUUGUUUUUUUUGUUUUUUUUUUUU